CCCCACUCUCGCCUUCCUCCCCUUCUCUCACCCCUCUCACUAUACCACCCCCCUCCUUUCACCGUUUAUUGUUUUCGAUCACGCAUUCACACCCACACCUUUUGCCCACUCUACCAACAAACGACCAUCCCAUUCGGCCAUCACACCAACUCCCAACCCACCACAAUCGCGCGCGCGCCGCUAUCGCUUGCUGCAAUCAUCCAUCUCACUCUCUUGCUCUUGCUCUUGCUCGCUCGCUCGCGCCCGCCCAGCCUCGCCCUGUCCAACGCCCUCGCCCACGGCUCGCUUAUCGCCACGACGCACGGCACGCACACGGACAUCAUCGCGGCCCAUCCUCACAACCCCCACUUACCCACCCUUCCCUCGUCACACAUCCACAUCCACAACAACAUCCACCCAACGCGCUCGUCCUUCCAUCCACCCUCCCUUUCAAGUCAAAGUCGCGAUCCCGCUUCACCGAUUUACACGCUGGACGAGGUCGCGUCGUGAGCAAUCCGCACAGUCACUGGUACACGACCGUCGCGACCGUGCGCGGGAGGGGCAAGAGUAGAAGCAGAGGAAGGAUUCAACCACCGUCGUCGAGCGUCUUGUCGACGACGUUGGCACCACCAUCAUCAGGACAACCUACGCCUGUCCUUGUAAAUCAGACCAUCCACCGGCGCAUCCAUCGCCUGCUAAACUCUACCACAUCCACAGUCCGCUUUCCGGCGGCACAAUCCACCUCGUAAACACACAACCCUCAUCACAACAACACUACUAUCAUAAUGACCACCCCACCGUCUUCUCUCCCAUCUCCGACACCGUCCUCGGGCUCGUCGGGGCAGCAGCACAAGCCUCAAUCCUUUUCGUCAAUAGCUGCCCUCCACACGUCGUCGGCGUCUAGCACCUCGCCACCGUCCUUGGCCAGCCAAUCUGUGGGUGCACCUGGCGACGGUGCGCCCUCUCGCGAGACGUCGUUUGAUGCCUUCUCGGACGAGGCGCAGCAGACUCCUCCAGCUGGCUCAAACGUGUCUGGAUUCCACAAUGUCGCGUUUCUCCCCCAGGUCACCGCGUCUCCUCCGCCUCAUGCUCCUCCCUACGUGCCACCAGCACAGCACGCCAUGGCGCCGGACCCGAUCCACUCGCUAUCGCUAUCUGGGCAGGCGGGCUCCGUCUGGGCACCUGGAUGGCGCCCUGGCCCUCCUGGUCCGGGACCCGGCUAUGCCCACCCACAAGGUGGCUAUGGGCGAGGAGGUCCCAACGGCCACCUCACUCACCAGCUUCCUCCAAACCCCCUCGAGGCGUACGGCCCAGGAUCUCGUCAAUCCAUGACGUCCACGCCAGGUGUUGCUCCCCUGGGCAGCGCUAACGGGGACCCAACACGUCGCACGGGCUCUCAACCCGGCGAGCCCCGCGACCGUCGCAGAGAGCGACACCGUGAGGAGGAGGGUCGUGAGCGUGAAGAUGAGGAGGUUAUCAGCACCAUUUUCGUUGUUGGUUUCCCUGACGACAUGAGCGAGCGCGAAUUUCAAAACGUCUUCACCUUUGCGCCUGGUUUCGAGGCCGCGACGCUGAAGUUCCCCUCUGGCUCAGCAAGGAGGGAGCCAGCUGCCGCUGCCGCUUUACUUGCCGAGCUCCAGCACUUGGCAGCCAACCAGGGUGGUGUCCCUGCGGGACUCUUGGGCUCUGAACACCCAGACCAGCCCCUCGACGAGUCGUUUGUUGGCAUGAACUUUGGCACCCAGUCGUCGUCGGCCUCCAACACGCCCUCGGCCGCCAUGUCAUUAACGCCCUCUGCUCCAUCUGGAGCUACUCUCGGUGCCGCAAACAUUCCCCCAUCGGUACCACCGCGUCGCCAAACCAUUGGCUUUGCGCGCUUCAAGACCCGUGCCGAUGCGUUGGCGGCCCGCGAUCACCUGCAGGGACGUCGCAUCGACACCCUCACCGGGGCCACCCUCAAGGCUGAAAUGGCGAAGAAGAACUUGCACACCAAGCGUGGCGUGGGAGGAGACGACCUUGUUGGUAUCCUUCUCCGUUCUGGUCGUCUGUCUCAGCUGGUGAACCAACAGGCGCAGGCUCAACAAGCGAUCGGUGGAGCACCCGGAAUCGGCCAGCCAAACGCCGCUGGCCCUAUCGGUGCUCCCGUUGUCGGCCUCAACACCGGUGCUGCUCAAUCCGCCAAGGAGGCCUGGGACGCAUGGCCAGCACCUGCCCAGGCUGGAUCUGACGCCAAGGUGGACAAGCUUGCCCAGUCACAACGUGCGCCAUCCGCUCAGUCCACCACCUCUGGUUCGCCACCCCUCUCGGUCAAGUCGCCGAACGCCCGCCCUACUGACAGCAAAGCCCUGCUGGCACUUGCUGAAGAGGCUGACGAGCUCGAAGGCUGGUCCGUCGGCUCUGUUGGACUCGGUGGCAUGACUCUUGACUACCCUGGUGCACCUGGCGGUCCUCGUUCUGCUGGAGGUCCUGGUGGGCCUUUGCCCGUCGGCGCCGGCAUCGCGCCACCCAACUCGGCAGGUCUUCAGCACGGUGCUAUCGGCUUCAACAGCGGAGGCAGCGGAGCCGGCUACAGCCAGUACCCGCCUGCCAUUGGCAGCUUUGGUGGUUCAGGCCCUCAGGACGGGGUUGACCCCCGGAGUCUGGGUAUCGGUACCAACAUGAACCCUGCCGACCAGAACCCCCCGAUCAACACACUGUACAUUGGCAACCUCCCCGCUAUUUCGCCUCCCACUCACCCUCCCAACUUCCUCGAGGAGAGCCUCCGGGCCUUGUUCCACCGCCGCCCUGGCUUCAAGCGCAUGUCGUUCCGCCAAAAGAUCAAUGGCCCAAUGUGCUUUGUCGAGUUUGAGGACAUUCCUUUUGCCACCCAGGCGAUGCGUGAGCUCUACGGUAACACGCUCAACGGCCUCGUCAAGGGCGGUAUCCGCUUGUCCUACUCGAAGAACUCGCUCGGCCAGCGCGGAAACUCCCACCAGCAAGGCGUCAGCACAUCCAUGUUCGGUGGCAUCGCCCACACCGUCGCCCUCGCUGGCAUGUCGUCUGGUCCCUCUGGCAACCAGAUGGCUCCCGGCGCGCCAGGUGGUGGCUUCCUCGGCCCCUCCCCGCCUGUCCCCAUCGGCUCGUCGAGCAGCACGGCGACUACGCCUGGUGCAGACCCCCGCCGACCCAGUGAAGGGUCGUCAUUGUCCCCAACAGCCCAGCCUUUCAAUGCACCGCUCCCCAACAGCUCGCCUCGUUCUCAACGGUACUAUGGUGGUGAGCGUCCAGCUGGCACUGGAAGCGGCUCGCCACCGGCCAACAUUCCCGGCAGUAACCAGCAAGAAGCAGCUGCCGCGGCCUUCAACUCGUUUGCACCGUCAUCCGCCUCGCAGAGUGGCUUCUCGCCCGUCUCGUCUCCGAUCCGGACGCCGGCCUCGCUGGGCUGGGUCUCGUCCUCGAGUGGUGGUGGCGCCUCUGGCGGCACCUAUGGCGCGUUUGAGGCCUUUGGAAUGCCUCCCCACGGCUUGCCGUCUUUGAACGGUGCGGCCAGUGCAUGGGGCGCCAACGCUCCAAACGCGUCGUAA